AUGUCGAACAACAACGCCGAAUUGAUUCGAAGCUACACAGCGGACGCAGAAGGCUACACCACUCACCAUAUUGAACCCACCAUUUCGAAGCUACCCAGACUGGCAAAUCCCCCAGACUAUGAGGUCUUCUGGGAACCGAACGACGCCGAAAAUCCUCGUCUCUGGUCAUUAUGGUACAAAGGCGUCAGUGUUGUGACAAUGAGCCUCGGUGCAACAGUCGUCAGUCUCUUCAGUACUCUAUACACAUCAGGAAUUCCCGGUCUAGAGGAAGAAUUCCACAUUUCAAGAACCGUCGGUCUCCUGGGUGUCUUUACCUACCUACUCGGUAUGGCGAUAGGAGGCAUCGUCUCUGCCCCACUAAGUGAAAUUGUUGGGCGACGACCGGUUUACUUGGUGUCCUUGACUGUCUUUCUCUUACUAAUCCUUCCAAGCGCCUUGGCUCAGAAUAUUGAGGCAAUUCUCAUCGGCAGGUUCUUCGGCGGUCUAUUCGGCAGCGCAAUCAUGGGGAACUCACCGGCUUCGGUGAACGAUAUUGUCUCUGAUACACACCGCGCUCUGGCGUUUGGAAUAUGGUCUAUUGGGCCUACAAACGGUCCAGUAUAUGGUCCUAUUAUAGGGGGCUUUGUUUACCAAUAUUUGGGUUGGAGAUGGACAAAUUGGAUUGUCUUAAUCAUUGGCGGUGCAGUUCUCGCUCUGAUGUGCUGCAUCAAGGAAACAUACGCCCCGGUGAUUCUUCGAAAGCGGGCAGCAACCCUUCGGAAAGAAACCGGUGAUUCUAAAUGGUGGACUCGCUACGACGGCGGAGAGAAAGUUUCGAAUCGCCUCAAGACUGGGCUCCGCAGACCUUUUAUCAUGCUAAUGACGGAGCCAAUCUGUAUAUUCUGGGCUAGCUAUGUCGCAAUCGUCUACGGCGUUCUUUAUCUAUGUUUCGUCGCGUACCCCAUCGCAUUCCAGACUGACCGUGGCUGGUCUCCAGGAAUCGGUGGCCUCUCCUUCCUUGGCAUCGGCGUCGGGGUUCUAAUCACCAUCGCUUGUGAGCCGAUUUUCCGCAAAGUUAUCAAUGCGCAUCGCAAAGAUCCUUCAACCGGAGAGGUGCCACCAGAAGCGAUGGCCAGCAUUGUUAUUCUCGGCGCAACACUUCUAGCAGUCGGCCAACUAUGGUUCGCCUGGACUUGCACGCCGAAUAUUCACUGGAUCGUGCCUAUUUUGGCGGGUGUACCGUUUGGCGCUGGAAAUGCCUGUGUUUUCAUCUACGCCAAUAACUACAUGGCCCGCUCGUAUGGUAUUUAUACUGCCUCUGCAUUGUCGCUGAAUAUGUUCUCUCGCAGCAUUAUGGGCGCCUGUCUUCCACUUGCGGGUCCGUCAAUGUACCGAGUGCUGGGGUUGAAUUGGGCGAGCACUUUGUUAGGCCUUGUUGAAGCGGCUUGUAUUUCUAUUCCGGUUGUUUUCUACAUAUAUGGUCAUAGGAUUCGCAAGUCAAGCCCAAUUAUUCAAGAGAUGGAGAGAACGAGAGGAUAG